UAUCUUAUCUUACUUUGAAGAAUGUAAAAUAUAAAACAUAUUCUGGUUUGUUGAGCAUUUGUUUGUUUACCACAUAAUUCCACAUGUGUUCCUUCAUAGUUUGGAUGUCUUCAAUAUUAAUCUACAAUGUAGAAAAAAAUAAAAAAUAAAGAAAAACCAUUGAAUGAGAAGGUGUGUCCAAACUUUCUGACUGGUACUGUAAGUCUGCAGGAUUACUUUCAAAGUCUCUGCCUUUGUUUACAGUAAUCACUGGAAACACAUUUAUUAUACUUUCUGGGCGGCAGAGCGUUAGUACAGUUGGACACAAUGACGGAAGCUCCGAGGCUUCUGAUUGGCUGAUCCCGCUGCGCUGGGUCCAGAAUGCGGCCUCUGAUUGGCUGACGGCCGCACUGGCAUUCUUCCUGGAGGGCUGGCGGUGGCAGCAGCGAUGCGGGCUUCACGGAGCGACAGUCUGUGCGCCGAGGGAGCCAUGUUGAUGCCUGGUUCUGUGUCAACCGCCGCACUUUGGAUGGUUAGAGGACUGCGUUUCGAGGCCCGGGAGCCUUAGCGGUGAUUCCUGCAUCGCUAUGAGAAGAGGAGAGCGGGUUGGGACGGUACAGGGAGCGCCAGAGGAGAGCUGCUCUUAGGUCACCGGACAUCGCACGACCGACUAGAAGCGAGCGGAGCUGAUGCUAGCUCGUUAGCCCGAGAGCUAGGUAGCAACAGCUGUGCGGACUAAACCAGAACCAGUCUGUUCCUGGUGGUUGCAGGGUGCUGGGCUAACAGCAGCCAGAGGACUCGAGGUACCCGUGGGGCCGAUGGGUCCAGCGUGAGCUCCCGUGUGCUGCCUUCGUAAAGCUAGCUAGCUGUUAGCUAGCUGUUAGCUCACGUUAGCAUGCUGACAACCUGCCCGCAUCUGUGAUCACGACUCGUGUUUGCUAGCAGAGUGGGACUUGACGUGUCGUUGCUACACGUGGAGCACCGUGUUGUGUGUCAAGAGUUAAACAAACAACCUGAGUGGAGAUAUGGCGAUACACCCAGUCUCUGUGCUAAGCUACCGAGGAGCGGCUAGCGGGCUAGCAGCAUAACUUUCCUCUCUCGGGUGUCACCCACAAGCUGCGGAGCCCACUUCCUCGUUAGCCGACCUCUCGCACCUGAAGCAAGCUGGCGGCCCUCCGAGUAGAAGCGGAGGACAAGGAGCUGGGGCCGAUGGCCUGGGUGCUGAAGAUGGACGACGCCUCCAUCGAGUCGGGGCUGGUGCACGACUUCGAUGCCAGCCUGUCCGGCAUCGGGCAGGAGCUGGGGGCCGGAGCCUACAGCAUGAGCGAUGUGCUGGCUCUGCCGAUAUUUAAGCAGGAGGACUCCAGCCUUCCUCCUGAAAGCGAGACCAAAAAUCCCCCAUUCCAGUAUGUGCUGUGUGCCGCCACCUCGCCUGCCAUCAAGCUGCACGACGAGACGCUCACAUACCUGAACCAAGGCCAGUCUUACGAGGUGCGUAUGUUGGACAACAGGAAGCCAGAAGAGCUACCAGAGCUAACCAACAAGAUGGUGAAGAGCAUAGUGCGUGUGGUGUUUCAUGACCGCCGACUGCAGUACACAGAGCACCAGCAGCUGGAGGGCUGGAAGUGGAAUCGUCCUGGCGACCGUCUCCUUGACAUCGAUAUCCCUAUGUCAGUGGGCAUUGUGGAGCCGAAGACUCACCCCUCCCAGCUUAACGCGGCAGAGUUCCUGUGGGACAUGAACAAAAGAACUUCUGUUUUUGUGCAGGUGCACUGCAUCAGCACAGAGUUCACCCCGAGGAAGCACGGCGGGGAGAAGGGCGUCCCCUUCAGGAUCCAGUUUGACACGUUCGCCCAGGGAGACGUUGGGGAGUACACAGAGCACCUCCACUCUGCCUCCUGCCAAAUCAAAGUCUUUAAGCCAAAGGGGGCGGACCGUAAGCAAAAGACAGACAGGGAGAAGAUGGAGAAACGCACACCUCAAGAGAAGGAGAAGUACCAGCCUUCUUAUGAUACCACUAUCCUGUCAGAGACGAGGCUUGAACCCAUCAUAGAGGAUGCGGGUGACCACGAGCUGAAAAAGUCCAGCAAGCGAACACUUCCCGCUGACUGUGGCGACUCCUUGGCCAAGAGAGGCAGUUGCUCCCCGUGGCCAGACGCCUACGUCAGCCCCAACCAGGCAGCUACUCCCUCCUUCACCUCCACCCCGCUGUCCACCUACACAACCUCCUCAGUACCGGACAGUGACUCGUCCUCACCCAAUCACCAGGCAGACCCUGGUAGCCAUGGCAACUCGGAGAUUAGCCUCCACUCUUCUCAACUGUAUGAACUGGUGGAAAUGCAGUUGACCCCCACUGCCUCAAUACAGGACGCACAGAAGUGGCUGCUGAAAAAUCGCUUCAGCUCCUACGCACGGCUCUUCUCUCAUUUCUCAGGUUCUGAUUUGUUGAAGCUAACCCGGGACGACCUGGUCCAGAUUUGUGGCCCAGCAGAUGGGAUCAGACUCUUCAAUGCACUUAAAUCCAGGUCAGUGCGUCCCAGGUUGACGGUGUACGUCUGUCAGGAGUCCGCCCAGGAGAGCCCCCUGCUGGAGAGACACGCCUCCAGUGAAAAUGGAGAUCACAGCGUUUCCUCUAGUUUACACGUGUAUCAUGCUCUGUACCUAGAGGAGCUCACAGCUGCAGAACUCAUCCGCAAGAUGGCGUGUGUGUGCAGCCUUCCACUGGGUACCAUCAACCAGGUGUACAGACAGGGUCCUACAGGGAUACACAUCCUGCUCAGCGACCAGAUGGUUUACAACUUGCCUGACGAGAGCUGUUUUUUGAUCAGCACUGUCAAAGAUGAACUGGGCGAAGGACUCCAUCUAAUCCUGAAGUAGUGAGGAGGACAGAUGGCAUCACUAAUACUCCACCCUCUGUUUUGGAGCAGAAGCCUCCCUCUGUCCCUCUCUGCCUGCCUCUACUCUUCCCCCGUACUUCCUCCCUGUUCUCUCUAAACGAUCGCUCGAUGGGAAGCAGUCAGACUGCACUAAAGCCAUGUAAAUGUUAGAAUCUGACAUGGGUGUGUCCAUUGUUUCAUAUUGAAAACACUAAUAAUGGAGGAGGUCAGUUAAAAGACGAGAGACUGGGGGGAUACGGUGUUAGGGGGAGAGAUAAUGAUGUUGUAUGUAUUUUGAUUUUAUUAUUUUAUUUUUUGUCUUUUAUAUGGUUUCCAUGGGGAUAAUGGUAGGGAGGGAGGGGGCUCCAGGAUAGAGGGGAGAGUGACGUUCUGGCCGGCAGGAGAAGGAAAGAAGAGUUUCCUUAUCGCUCGUUUCCCUUCUUACACAACGCGCUCGACCAGCACGAGGCCAGUAUUUGAUAACCUGUACUGCUGAACAGCAUGCGAUCUCAGCAUACUAACCUGCUUAAAUGAGAAUCCCCAAAUUUACUCUGCUUGUUUAUCAUUCUCGACGGGGUCGGCUUAAUAAACCGCUUAUUGAUCAGCUGAGCUUGGUGACACCUGAAAUAUUCAGGCUAAUUUUGUAGAAGUGGCGUCAUUUGUGGAUUUUGACACCAACAUUUGUUUUUUUUUCUUGGACUUUGUCAGACGGACUGAUUACAAUAAUUCUUGUCACAUAGAGUCAUGUGAUUUUAGACUUCCUGCCAUAUCUCUCUUGUCUGUUGACAUGACAUGACAGUCGGCUCAACUCUCUUCAUGUUCGUCCUGUUCAGCCUGCGCUUUUACUGUUUUUAGUUCGUGCUUUAUUUUAGGAUCAGCUGUUUCUAUUGCUCUCGUUGAGUUUACUUGUUUCUGGUGCCAUAUCGGCUUUUUAGCUCGAUCUUUUACCCACUUUCACAAACACAGUGCACAUGUACCUCGUCUUUAACUCCUAUGGUUUCUGUGCUGACUUUGAAACACUGGUUUAGAGGAGGGCGGUUUACGCCUUCUGGAAGUUUUGGCCAUAAAUACGCGGAAAAAGAGGAACAAACCUCUAUAGAAGACUGACAUGCAGAGCGUUAAGGCCGAUCCAAAAACCUUCUUUAAAGUGGACCAAACGGGUUUUAGAUUGAUAGGCUUUUAUUUAUUAUUUUCUGAGGAAAAGCCUCAUUGGUUCUGUUCAUCUUGGUCAUUAGUAGCAUUAAUAGAAUGGAUCCGAUGGAAAAUGAAACCCUUGCUUGUGCGCUGCAUGUACAUAGUAAUAAACACUCCCUUUCAGGAUGUGCCCUGCGAGAAACGACCCAUCACACAGCAGGGCCGGCAGAAAUGUAUCACAGCGGUAGCCUGGUUUUAAUAGUCUUAUCCUGUAGACUAGAAAAUCACGGCAGCUCCUCAUCCAUCUUCAAAAUCCUGUGUUUAAUGUAGCUGAACACAGGAAGUGCAGGUCAUGUGUUUUUCGGGUGCCCUCUGAAAAGUGACAGGAAAUCUCACACAGGUCCACGGAGUCACCGUUGGUUUAGUUGACCCCCUUUGGUUUGGAUACACAACGUCUGGCAGUGUUGCAAGUGCAUACAGUUUGAACGCCUGUAAGUGUCAGAAUAUGUGUGCAUGUGUAUCAUUUUUUGUUCUUGCAAAAGAAAACUUAAUUAUGUCAGUAGUUGUCAUAAACAUUUUUCCUGUUGGUAUGAUGAAACUGUGUUUAGCUUGCUGUUUAGUAAAGAGCAUGUGGAAGAUGGGGAAAUGAGGGAGGGAGGGAGGGAUAAUUUGGUUCAGUAUAGUACCUUCUUGUUUUUCCAUGUCAGAGACCAAGUCUGCACUGAGAAAUCACAAAGCUCAAGCUCGAUGUGUAGUCAGUAGUCCUACAGCCACACCCUUUUCUUACCCGCCUAUAAGAAGGAAAACAAUUUAAAAAAAAGAAUGUCGAGACUAAAAAGCAUCCACGUUUUGUCUCCCCCGUGCGCCAGAGCCAGGACUGUAGCUCUUGUGGUGUUUACAAGGACACGAGUACCACGGCACAGUGAUCUGUGUUCAGUAACAGAGCGGAUCCCAUACCAAGUCAGGCUAGCAACUCUGGUGAGCAGUGUUGGUCCCCUGAAGGCCUGACCAAUCAUCUUGUCUGUCUGUGUGACUGAGUGUGUGUGUGUGUGUGUGUGUGUGUGAGAGAGAGAGACUGUGGGCAGGAGAGGUGACCACUGUUCAUGUACAGCCUAAUGUCAAUGAUGAUGCUUCUCAUGUGCACAGUAUCGUAUGCUGGAGAUGUACACAACCACAUGUGCUGGGAAUAAAUGAUUUCAUAACUUUC